CAACACCCUCACUCUCCUACUUGAAUUGCAUAUCCUCUGCUGCGGCCGCAUUCGUUCUAGUCGUUCAGACCAUUUGCGCGCCAUUUUGCGCGGCGUCGCCGAGUUUUCGUUCUCUCCAUUUGCUCCUGCAUACGCCUGUCACCCUGACAGGCUUGCGACCCACGCUACGCCUCUCGGGACUAUACAUAUACGUCCUGACCUUGACUCGAUUGGCAAUUCCCAUCCAUUUCGCACCGCGGCUGCGCACUCGUCAAUAGUCCUCUGGCGAAAUGGCGGGCCCCAAGAAUCCACCCGCGCGUUCGUCGCUGCGGCGAAACGCUCACCAGCAGGAGGAACCGCCAAUGCGAACCCGUUCUGGACGAGGAUCAAAGUCAGCCGGCAAAGCUGACAAGCCUGACAUUGUAUCACCCAAAGCAAGCUCGAACCACAACAGCAAUGCCCCGCCGACUAGGAAGACGACUCGCUCUGCUUCCAACAUCUCAAACUAUGCUAACAUCGAAGCUGGGGAUGGCCUCUACGCCCACUACGAAGAGCCGCUUUUCAUGGUCGUCGGCCUGACCCGGGAGUUCUUCGACAGCCUCAAGGAACACAAAGCCCCGCGGAAGUCAAGACAGAAUAAUCGUACUGAGCCUCCGCCACUUCCACCGCUCUUCGCCCAUUCCGAAGAAGAGAGUUCUGAAGAGAGCGACGAGCCCGAGCCAUCGCAUCCUACGCCAACCAGGGGUCGAGGCCGUGGCGGCCGUGGCAGUCGUGGAGGUCGCGGACGCGGCAGCUCACGAGGCAGAGGCAGAGGAGGCCGCGGAGGUAGGGGACGAGGAAGCCUUGCGCGGACCGUCUCUCCAGUUCGAACGCGACCAUCUCGCAAUGCUGCACCCGCAUUUCUACUUACAGAAGACGACGACGAGGAUCUGUCCAAUCAGGACUCGCCGAUGGAGGAUGCCAAGAGAUCGGUUUCCCUCUCGCCCUCUGUGGACUCGGUGGAAACAACCACGCCUGUCAACGAGCCACCUAAAGAUGAAGAGGAACCAAAGAAAGAAGCCGAGCAAGGGGAGCCAAUGGAGGGUAUUCAAGUGGCGCCUACUACUACCACGCCGGCCGGUUCGCCGCCUGCCGCACUCAUACAGGCCUACAACGAACCCUCGAUGAAGAUUCCUGUCCCUGUUGCUAUUCCAAAGAUAUCACUACCCCAGGAGUCAGCGUCGCAUACGCCCCGGGAUGUAGCAACACCUGCAGAGUCUGCAGUCCCGAAGCUGCUUGACCCGGAGGACGAUGUGCUGUCCGACUCCGACAUGCCUGAUGCAUGGAUCGAAGGCCUGCCUGCGCCAAUCAAAGCUGAGUGUGAGGACAGGGCAGACUACCUGCUCAAGACGCGGUUCAAGCCCAUAGCCGAUGUUCAAGAUCUCAUCGCCCACCUCACCAAAUACCCAAUGGCGCAACGGAGUACGGAGACCCUUUAUGCGCUUGCGCAGAACACGCAGCAGAUUCUCAAGGCAUGGCAGGAUGAAUACCUUAUGUUGGACGGGAGGACCGCACCACAUGCACAUCCGCCCAAGAAGGCUUGCAAUGGCGGCCGCAUUCCGAUGAACCCGCAGAUCUUCGAAGAUAUGAAGGAAGCGGACCUGUACGGCUACACUUUCGAUCCCAAGAAGCCGCCGGGUAUGCAGGAUCCGUUCGAGCAGCGACCAGGCCAUGAGAAAACCAACGGCAGGGAAUUGCGUCAACGCCGCACACGUGACAUGCUUGAUUCGGCUGCACCCAGCGAGGACGAAGAGGACGAAGAGGAGGGAAGACCGGCCAAGCGGCAGCGUCGCGCCACCCGCAAGUACGAUGGGAGUGAUCAGGGCACCGGUACGAACACGCCCAAGAAACACAGUGGUUGGGGCGGCGCACGGAAGAAGGGCGUCAGUAAAUACGCCCAGCCAGCAGCAUCCGUGACUCCAGAACCUGACGGACGCGGCAAGCGUGGGAAGGGCGUCGCCAGUGCGCUGCUCCAUCAGCGUAUACAGGAAAUGCGAGAGGAAUCAGCAUUUGCCAGCUCAGGCGACGACGGCUCCUCGAACGAGAACUCAGGCGAUACCGAUGGCCAUCUAGCUCCAUAUCAUAAACGCGGCCGGCCUACAGGUAGCAAGGGCGUAGGAAGGCGCAGCGACUAUGGAAUCAAGAAAUCACCACGGAAGAGGAUGCAUGACGAGGAUACUCCUAUUCCGUCGGCUCAUGGUCCGAACCCUCCACCUCCAGCUCUCCAGUCUAUCAGCGAGGGUCAGAACCAGUUUUCCAUUGAUCCACCAGUUGGCCCUACCAUUGCAACACCAAUUGUGGGCCCGCAUCAUACCGAGACUGUCUUCCAGGCCACGCCGCAGCCCCAGGAUGGCCGGACCAACGGUCAAUCUUCAAAGGCGCACACGCCAGACACCUACAUGAACACAACUUCACUCAGCCAAUACAACAAUCCGCAGGCUGAGGAGUCGGCAGCUAACUCAGCCUCAAGCUCAAAGCGAAAGCCACGCGUUAAGAGCGAAAAGCGAAGUCAGUCAAUGACCAUCUGGUGGGCCGAGCGAAAGGCCCGCCAAAAGGAGCUAGAGGAGAAGUCCGGCACCCCCGUUAAAGCCCCAACCUCAAGAUCGAAUUCAUCGCCUGGAAAGCGAGGUGGCAGAACACCAGCAGCGCCGCCGGCGUCGAAACCUGCAGAACCGCAGCCCCAGCAGCGCCCAGCAUUGACUCAAGCGGAAGCAUCUCCUCCGGAACCAUAUCCAGUCCAUCAGCAUCCGCAAUCACAACCGCCUCCCCCGCCGCCGUUCUCGGCACCCUCCCCAAUCAACGCAUAUCCGCCGGCGCAUUACCCGCCGCCGCCGCCGCCUAUGAUGAUGCAAAAUUCCCCGCUCGCAGCCAUGCCGUCAGGCUCGAUGCCCGGCCCGAUGCCUGGUCCUCCACCGACGUCGCAUUUCGGUCCUGGUCCGCGCCAGCUUGCUCCCGCUCCCUUGCCCCCUCAGGUACCCCCAACGUACCCGAGCCCGUACGGCCCCCGUACAGCUCCGCGACCAAAGAGCAGUGGUCCGCCUCCGUUGGCUCCUGCGGGCCCAAGGCAUAUCAGCCCCUAUCCACCCUUGGGAGCUGGGCCAGUGGCGCACAGAGAGAUGCCAUUCAAGGUUAUGAUUCCUGGACCGCCGCCUGCCGAUCAGCGGAGACUGAGCAGGUAGUUUUGGUAUUCGAUUUUGAUUGCUUUCGUGUUUCGUGUAUUCUAGACUUUUCAAGCAUUUGCGCGAUGGAGGCGCGUAGAGGCUUUGAUGGAUAGGGGGGAAUAGGUCCCACCCGUUGCUCAGCCGUCAGGCCUACUGGGCUUGUAGUCUCGUUUGAGUACAAUGACUCUCUUGAAUACGGCUGUUUUCUUAUCACCAUUGGCCUGAGCUUGUGGAUGGGUAGCGAGAAUCCGCGUCGUGACUGAGAAAUGGGUCUGGAUGUGCCGCUGACGCCGGGCGAUACUCCUCAGUGCGAGCUCGUCGGUGGUGUUAAGUACAUCCCAUUUCCCGUACUAUAUCUGAUCGAUGAGUUGCGUGCAUUGUUCAAGCGGUUGUCGAGCCUGUACAUAGGCGCAAAAUCCAGGUAGUUACCUAGGUAUGGCUCGCGUGGGGCUGAGUGAUG